AUGGAUGCAUACCUCAAAGUCCUCAAAGAUAUUGCUUCGGAAUUCUCGACCUUCGAGCUCACGAAAAUACCGCGCGACGAGAACGCUACCGCCGAUGCUUUAGCCGCCCUUGCGACUAACUCCGAUCCUGAUCUCCGGCGAACAAUUCCAGUUGCGGCAAUCAAACGCCCUAGUAUCGAGCCUGCUCCGAGUUGCAAUAUUGUUACAAGACGACGCGAUUACGAAGCCCAACCCAACCUCGCUCCACCCCUCACCCGGAAGACAAAGCCUAAGGAAGUUGUCACCGAUCUCGAUACUGAUAUGAAUGAACAAGACGACAACGAGUCCGAUCACGAGGACGAAUCCGAAGGCCAACACGUCUCAAUCGAUAUCGAAGGUGAGGGAGAAGACGAGCCCGAAGAUUGGAUUUUAGAAAUCAUUGGCUACAUUGGCGAUGGAAGAGUCCCCGCGGACAAAUUGGUAGUUCAACGCUUUAAGGCUCGCGCAGCUCGAUACGUGGUCAUUAAAGGCACCCUCCUUAGAUGGGACGCGUCCGGCGCACUUCUAACUUGUGUUCACAGCAACGACAUCAUGAAACCUACUAUGCUCUCCGACUACGAAAAGUACACUGCACGAUGCGAGAAGUGCCAGCGUCAUGGCCCGAUGAUCAAUCUUCUUACCGAACUACUGAUGACCUCGACGACACCAUACCCCUUCAUGCGUUGGGUGAUGGACAUCAUCGGUCCACUUCGCCGAUCUACAACCCAGAAGCAAUACGUUCUGGUCGUCACUGAUUAUUUUACAAAGUGGGUCGAAGCUGAGGCAUAUCCCGAGAUACACGGCAUCGACGUCAAAAAGUUCGUCUGGAAAUUCAUCAUCUGCCGACACGGCGUCCCGUAUGAUAUCGUCACAGAUAACGGAACUCAGUUCACUUCAAUAAUUUUCACAGAUUUUUGCGCGAAGUGGAAAAACCGCUUAAGUUUCUCCACACCGCGAUACCCACAAGGAAACGGGGAAGCCGAAGCCACGAACAAAACCAUUAUCGAUGGUCUGAAAAAGCGUCUGGAUACGGCUAAGGGAACUUGUGCGGACGAACUCGAUGGCGUAUUAUGGUCCCAUCGAACUACACCACAACGUUCUACCGGUCAAUCACCUUUCUUUAUCGCGUGCUAUGUGUCCAGCCAAACUCAACGUUCCUAG